AUGCACUCCAUGCCAUGCGAGCUGUGAAACCUUAUAAACUGCUCUACUAUAAGUGUAAGUGCUAAGUAGUCAAAGUCUCUUUACUAUUUUUUAGUCCUAAGUCUUUGCUCAAGCACCUCAUUCCUACGUCCUGCUGCACCUAAUUUCCAAAGCCCAAAGAUGUUGCUCGAGAACUUGAAAAGCGUGAAGUUUUUGCGCGUUGGGCGCGUCGGACAGAUCCGCUUUUCGGUUCCAGAGAAGAUGAACGCACUAACGGAAGAGAUUGCCGAGGACUUCAACACGAUUGUGUCCACUUUGCGGCGCAGUCCUGGGAAUCUAGGCGCCGUCGUGAUAACCGGCUUCCCUGCGCCUGUUUUCUCUGCUGGCGGCGAUCUCGCUUUUCUGCAGAGACGCGCUGAUCAGGGCCGCAAACAGCAUUUCCACCAGCGCAACUCGCAAAUAAUGAAUGAGUUCUAUCACAAGUUUCUCUCUGUGCGUUCGCUCCCGGUCCCGACGAUUGCGGCAGUGAACGGCGCGGCGAUCGGUGCGGGCGCAUGCUUAGCCUUGGCCUGCGACAUGCGUGUUUUCUGCGACACCGCAAAAAUUGGAUUCACGUUCGUGUCUCUGGGACUUCAUCCAGGCAUGGGCGCUACACAUUUCGUGUCCUCGGUUGCUGGUCCUGAGGCAGCGUUUCGGAUGCUUUUAUCAGGCGACGUCGUGGACGGCCGAGAGGCGGUACAGGAUCUUCGCCUUGGGAGCAAGCUCGUCCCUGGAGAUCCUGCUUUGUGUGUGGAGGAAGCAACAAAGUUGGGCGAACGUAUCGCACGGCAGGCACCUAUACCGAUGCGUGGGUGCAUGCGAAGUCUGCGCAACAUUCAGGACCAGGGUCUCGACACCGCGUUAUGGCGAGAAGCAGACGCACAGGCCCACUGCUACGCGACAGAAGACAUGCAGGAAGGUCUCGCGGCUCUGCGCGAAAAGAGGAGGCCAAACUUUACUUCACACGACAUGUCUUACACAGACUUUUUCAAUGAAGGUGAAACCGGGAUGAAGGCGAAACUUUGAUCGUCUCACUACCAAGUAUUUCCACACAAAGUGAAAAUGCAUUGGUUGUCGCUUGUGCUUGCAGCUUCAUGCGCAUUACACGCUAAGGAGGGGCUCACAGUCUGUCACCUGCCUCGAUUAUAAAAAACUGAAUCCGAUUCCUUACGAGAAUGACCACAAUUCGGAAUAUGUAGAAGACCGCAAUCGGAGCUUCGGACCUCAUCGGAGUUAUAACGUCAUGUCUUUCUGUUGAUAGCUUCUUGUUAUGUGC